AAAUUGCCCCUCAGUUUUGCUUUGCUAUCUUAAAGGAAGGGAGCAAGUUGAAGGUGUUUUCUCAGUACAGGGAAACAGAUGCAACAACCAACUGGUCUCGUUGAGUUGACCAUGGAGGAGCUGGCCAAGACCAAGCAACUGGAGGCCACCAUCAACGCCUUGCAGAAGGAGAAAACGCAGCUGCUCCAGAGGAUCCAAGGGGCCGAGGAGAGCUUGCGCUCUGCCGUCCAGGUGAAAAACGAGCUGAAAAUCGUGGUCGAGGACUUUCAGUCUGAGAGAGAGGUCCUGAACCGCAACAUGCUCCGCCUUUCGAAGACUAUAGAGAAGACCGUGGCCGCGAACAUGGAAUUGCAACGUCAACUCAGGGCGACUACUGGGUUUACGAAAGGAUGCCACGAGAUCCUAAAGGAAGCGAGGGCCAUGUUUUCUGAGAAGGCGACUCAGGUUCCCGACGAUGAAGAAAAACCAAAGCCAACAAUUGAAGAGUUGAACCAAAAACUGGAGCAGUUGAGUGUGGAGCUCAACUUGCAGAUCAGUGAGAAUAAAGACCUGUCGAGCGAAAACGAGUGGAGGAAAGAGAACCUGCAACAAGUGGUGAUGGAUAAUGCCUACUUGAAGAAAGUCAUGGCCGUCUUGUGGGAAACGGUCACAAGCCUGAAAGCGGAAAACGACAACCUUCGGAGCCGGCUGAUCGUAUUUGUCGAGAAGGAGAUUGCGGCCAAAUUGCCAAAAAUGGAAGAGAAGAAGGAAUACGUUGAAAGAGUUGCUCUGAACCUCAAGGAGGAAGCGGACCGGUUGAAAGCCCUGACGGAGGAACGGAUCCCACGGCUCUUGCCGGUCAAUGCGUCUCGCGUCCGGAGGCUCCAAGAAGCCUAUGAACAAACCACCAGCAGGGUCUGCAGCCUCUUGGAUGAAGUGAAGUACUACUUCCCCGUCUGGUUGAAGGACAGCGGCGACUACUACCUGAACAUCUCCACUUGCUCCGCCGACUUGCUGCAGGAGAACGUCCAACAACUGAGGCUGCUAAUGGAGACCCAGACCCUUGAGAAGGCGGACGAAUGGUGCCAGAAGUUCAGGCUCAGCCGGAUCCCCGCUCUGAGGGCCAAGCUGGACGAAUUCUUGGAGAACAUUUUGCAGGAUGCGUCCCGCCUGGAGCAAGAGCUUCACGAUAUCGAAGCCAAGGUGCAGGAGAUGGAAAGUGGUCGGCGUGAACAGAGGCAAUACGUGGCCAAGUGCAGCGCCGUCUUCUGCCUGCCGGACUUCGCAAAGGGCAUUCGGCGCGACACCAAGAACCUGCAGGCUUUGUUGGGAGUCCUGAAAUCCAAGUCUCAAGCACUCACCAAGGUGCGAUCGGAGGUGGUCACCAAACACGCCUGCGUCUGCUGGGAGGCCGAGGCGGUCAUUGUGUCCUGCAGGAAGAAGUCCCUUCCGGAGCAUCAAGAGGCCGAGGAGCUGCUGGACGAGGCGGGAGCAGCAGACGCCCGAGAGCUUGAAGAAGCCCAAAGGCUGGAGCACAACUUGAGCUCAGUGGAGCAAGAUAUGACGGCCCAGUUAGAUGCAGCAGCCGAACUGGAAAAAGAAGAAAUGGAAAAGCUCCCAGCUCAGGAUGCCAACAGCAGUGAAUCCUAAGAGGCAGCUUUUUCAAAACGAAACAAAUGGGAGGUGACUGGGAGCCGAUUAUCCUUCAAGGAGACCAACAUAUUGCUAUAUAUAUAUAUAUGUUUUAAUGCACCUGGGUUUUCUAAUAAACGUUACGAUACAUAUGCGGAAAGCAAAGCACCAUCGCUGUCUUGAAUGGCUCUUCCUUGGUGGA